AUGGCGGAUCCCCCUACCUGCAACACCCCUAGGUACCCUGCCUUGCACCCUGCCGUGCCAGCAAGCUGCUGCUUGCCUGUCUCUUGCUCCAGGCUUCAUUCCAUUGGAUGCUCCAUACUCCCCAGCUCCAGCCGUGACGCAAUUAAAGUCCCGUCGCCCAUCUUUCGCUGCGAUGUUAGCUUUUACGCUUCUGCCCACACACGCACACACGCACACCCGCGCGCUCUUGAGCUUGCUCCCGUGAACUCUGCCAUCAUUCCGUCCAACAUCAUCGCCGUCGUCGUCCUUUUCGUCUCUCUCCUCACUACCCUAUUCUACGCCAGAUCCCCUACGAACCCCACCGCCGCCGAUAUGCCAGACUACACGACGGGCGUGAUGCCCCUGUAUCAGGUGCACAAACCUCCCUUCUCUGUUGAGUCGCCGGGCUACGAGCGCGUUGAGGGCGAGACCCUCCCCCGCCGCCACUGGAAAGCCAAGAACGGCCUCCGAACCCAACCUCAUCCCGACGUUCGUACCGUCUAUGACAUUGUCAAGCGGAGUGCCCAGGUAUACCCUAAUGAGCCUGCCGUCGGCACCAGGAAGCUCGUGCAUCUUCACAAGGAGAAGAAGAAGGUCCCCAAGAAUGUUGAUGGAGAGGUGAUACAGGUCGAAAAGGAGUGGCAAUAUUUUGAGCUGUCCCGUUACUCUUACCUGACCUACGCCGACCUUCUCAUCUACAUCAACCAGAUUGGCUCAGGCCUGCGGAAGCUGGGCCUGAGCAAAGGUAGCAGAGUCCACCUAUUUGCGACUACAACUGCCAAUUGGAUGGCCAUGUCCCACGCCUGUGGUUCGCAGUCCAUUUCCAUUGUUACCGCCUAUGAUACCCUCGGGGCCAGCGGCGUCGAGCACUCACUACUCCAGUCCAAUGCCGAUGCCAUGUACAUCGACCCUCAACUUCUCAAGACAGCAAGCGGAGCUCUGAAGAAGGCCGGAAACAUAAAGUUCGUCAUUUACAACAACAGCUCCAUUUUUGCCGAUGGCACUGAGGUCGACGCCUUCAGGAAGGCGAACCCAGACAUCAAGCUUGUCAGUAUCGAGGAGGUGCGCUCGUUGGGCGAGGAGAACCCCGUUGAGACCGUCGAGGCAAAACCUGAGGACUUGUUCUGCAUUAUGUACACGUCUGGUUCCACUGGUCCGCCGAAAGGUGUGCCCAUGACUCACGCUGGAACUAUAGCAGCGAUUACUGGUCUCUGGACCUGCGUCGAAGAAUGUGUCAGUAACAAAGAAUACGUCCUGGCAUACUUGCCAUUGGCGCACAUCUUUGAACUUGUCCUGGAAAACCUCGUCUUGUUCGUGGGUGGUACCCUUGGUUAUGGCAACCCGAGGACGCUUUCCGACACCUCGGUCAAGAACUGUGCUGGUGACAUGCGCGAGUUCCGGCCGACGGCCCUGGUUGGUGUGCCGCAAAUUUGGGAGACGGUGAAGAAGGGUGUCAUUGCCAAGGUCAACAGCUCUGGUCCUCUGGUCAAGGCCCUUUUCUGGGGAGCCUUCAACUACAAGACCUUCAUGGUCAAGUACGGUCUCCCUGGUGCUACAAUCUUUGAUAAUGUCGUCUUCAAGAAGGUGCGCGAGUUGACAGGUGGCCGCCUUCGCUUCAUUAUGAACGGCGCGAGCGGUAUCUCGGAUGGGACGAAGCACUUCCUGUCCAUGACUCUAGCGCCUAUGUUGACAGGUUACGGGCUGACCGAGACGGCCGCCAAUGGUGCCCUCGGUGAUCCCCUGGAGUAUACUUCCGAUGCCAUUGGUUCUAUCCCCGCCGCUGUUGACCUCAAGCUCGUCUCUAUCCCCGAUCUUAAGUACUAUGCCGACGCCAACCCGCCCCAGGGUGAAAUCUGGGUAAAGGGUCCCGCCGUGCUGAAAGAGUACUACGAGAACCCGGAGGAGACGGCCAAGGCCAUCACUGAGGACGGCUGGUUUAAGACGGGUGAUAUUGGCGAGUUCGACAAGGUCGGCCACGUCAAGGUCAUUGACCGCGUCAAGAACCUUGUCAAGAUGCAGGGUGGAGAGUACAUUGCGCUCGAGAAGAUGGAAUCCGUGUACCGCGGCAGCCCCUUUGUCGCGAACAUCAUGGUGUAUGGCGACGGCGAGCACUCCCGCGCCAUAGCCGUCGUGGCUCCCAACGAAAAGGUCCUCGCUGAAGAGGCGAAGAAGCUCGGGGUUGAUGAGCAUAGCAUGCACACCGAUAGCAAGGUCGUCGACACCGUUCUUAAAGAUCUCGUCUCCAACGGCCGCAAGGCCGGACUCUCUGGUCUCGAGAUUGUCGGCGGCGUAGUUCUCUGCGAGGAGGAGUGGACACCCGACAGCGGUCUCGUCACUGCGACGCAAAAGGUCAAUAGAAGAGCAAUCAAGGACAAGUACAAGAAGCAGAUGGACAAGGCCUUUGGCAACUGA